UCAGUUACAAUAACAAAUAAAAUAUAAAUAAAAAUAUUUAGCAACGACGUUACGAAAGAAGUUUAAAUUCAAGUAAUGCUUUAAAAAUGGUAGAGCCAAUAUUCGAUUAUCAAUUCCGAUUGAUAUUGAUAGGAGACAGUACCGUUGGCAAAAGUUCUUUGUUAAAAUACUUCACUGAUGGGAAAUUUGCUGAGCUUUCUGAUCCAACUGUAGGUGUAGACUUUUUUGCUCGACUGAUUGAAGUGAAGGAUGGGACUAGAAUAAAGCUUCAACUAUGGGACACUGCUGGUCAGGAAAGAUUCCGAUCCAUUACGAAGUCCUAUUAUAGAAAUUCUGUUGGUGCAUUACUAGUUUAUGACAUAUGUAACAGGGACACUUUCGAACAUAUACCCAUAUGGAUGGCAGAGGCUCGUAGACACAUUGAACCACAUAGGCCAGUUUUCGCAUUAGUUGGAUGCAAAGCAGACUUGGUUAGCAAUGGAAAAGAAAGGGAGGUAUCAAAAGAAGAAGCAAAGGCAUUUGCCGAUCAACAUGGGUUGUUUAAUGUAGAAACAUCAGCUAAAAAUGGUAUGAAUGUGGAAGAAGCAUUCAGAUCUGUCACACAAGAAGUAUACAAUCGGAUUUUAACUGGGGAAUACAAGGUGGAGGAUGGUUGGGAUGGUAUUAAAAAUGGAUUUGCUAGGCCAAAUGGAAUGGACCUCAAUCUAAUUGAAGCAGAAUCUGCUAAAUCAUCUUGUUGUUAGUUACUUGCUUGUUGUAAGCAGCUGUGUAUAUAAAUUAAAAAAUAGGUUGUAAGAAGUAAAUUAUAGAUUUCACAUUUUAUAUAUCUAUAAAGUGAUUUGGUUUGAAUAACAAAGGAAAAUUUACUAGGAACAAUGUGUAAUGAAUAUUCUCAAAACAAUUAUAAUAAGUGGUAAAGCUUGCUACUGUUGUAUAUAUUUGCUAUUCAUGAAAUAGGUAUUUUCAAGUUUUAUCUAAUUAUUUAUUUUUAGUUACUGAUAAUAUGUUUAAAAACAAUUUUAAUAGUUUAUCUGUUUUUAAUUAAUUGACAUGGUGUUCAUUAUAUUUAGGUUUAUUUAUGUCUAAUUAUUUAGAUAAUGUUGUAUUAAUAAAUUCACAUAUUAAGGAUCUUUAGAUAUAUAAAAAGAGAAAAUUCAUUAAAUGUUUAUUGUUCUCAUUUCUAUAAAUAGAUAUUUUUGUAUGGAGUAAUAGUUUAAUUGCAAUAUUUAUUCUUAAUAUGUGAAUCUUUAAACACAUUUUUUGGAAUAUAACAAUUUCAUCACAUUUCAAUAUUUUAUAAUUGUUUACUUGAAAAAAUCAAGAAUAUUUUAAAUUGUGCUUGUCACAUUGUCCAUUUCCUAUUAGAAGUUCAAUUCUACUACAGUACCGUUAAUUUUUGAAAUGACAUACAAUCUUCACAUUUCAGUAAAAUCUUUUAUAAAUAAUAUAAAUUUUCAAAAAAUUUGCUCAAUAUUUUAUUUUGGUCUUCAUCUGCUUAGGAUUUCUGGAUUGUGAAUGAUGUUGUUACGCAUAAAUUAGCUGAUAAUCUAGUCUUGGAAUGUUCAAUUAAUUUUUAUAGAAAGUUGUAUGUACCUAUAACACCAUAGUUCUUUUGUAUAAUGUUGUACGUUACAACUUAUGUUUAAUAAACUAUAAUUUAUAAAGGA